UUGAAAAUAGUCGACGCCAUGAACGUGAGGAGCAGAGAGAAUCUCGCCACCGAGGUUCUGACAAAGAUAUGAAGUCAUCAGGGAGAGAGAGGGUGGGGAGAUUGGAGGAUAAGGGUAGGAGGCAUACUGAUAGUAGAAGUUCAAAAGCAGAUGCUGAGGGGGGUGGCCUAAAUGAGAAUGGCCAUAGACAGCGGCAGACUGAGAGUCGCAGGGACAAAGAUAGAGACAGGGACGGGCGGUUUCAUGAGGAUUCAGACGUUGAUGUUGGGAGAGAAAAAAAGAAUUACAGGAACAGUGAAAGUAAAUCUCAUAGAAAUUCAGACUCUAAUGAUAGGGGACGGCCCAAAUUAGAAAAAGAAAGAGAUGGAAGAGAUGAUGAUAGGCAUAACCGGAUGCAUAGAAGUGAACGUGAAAAUGAUUACAAUGACCAGAAUCAUAGGAGACGAGAGGAAUGGCGAGAUGAUCACCGGCAUGGUAGAGAGAAGAGUAGAAAGGAAAUCGAUGAGAAGGAAGGAGAUGGUAAGAGACUGAAAGAUUUAAAAUCUCAGAAGCCAUCAACAUUACAAGAUGGGAACCCGAAUGGUGAUACAGAAAACUUGGGGAGGAGUGGAGGAGUUUACAUUCCUCCAUUUAAGUUGGCUCAGAUGAUGAAAGAGGUCGAAGAUAAAAGCAGCGUUGAAUAUCAACGAAUGACAUGGGAUGCUCUUCGCAAGAGUAUAAAUGGACUUGUGAACAAGGUUAAUGCGACUAACAUUAAGAAUAUCAUCCCAGAGUUAUUUGCUGAGAAUCUUGUUCGGGGAAGAGGGCUCUUUUGCCGGUCAUGUAUGAAGUCACAGAUGGCAUCCCCAGGUUUUACAGAUGUUUUUGCAGCAUUAGUUGCUGUUGUCAACACAAAGUUUCUUGAAGUGGGUGAUCUUCUAUUGAGAAGGAUUGUUUUGCAGCUCAAAAGGGCAUAUAAGAGAAAUGACAAGCCUCAAUUGCUGGCCGCAGUUAAAUUUAUAGCUCAUCUUGUGAAUCAACAAGUGGCCCAUGAGAUUAUUGCUUUGGAGUUGCUCACUCUGCUGCUGGAAAAUCCUACUGAUGACAGUGUUGAGGUAGCUGUUGGGUUUGUCACAGAAUGCGGUUCAUUACUUCAAGACCUUUCACCACAGGGCCUCCAUGGUAUCUUUGAGCGGUUUCGUGGAAUACUUCAUGAAGGAGAAAUUGACAAGAGGGUCCAGUUCUUGAUUGAAGGCCUUUUUGCGAUAAGAAAAGCCAAAUUUCAGGGAUACCCAGCUGUCCGCCCAGAACUGGACCUUGUGGAGCAAGAAUAUCAAUUAACCCAUGAGUUAUCCCUUGAUGAUGAGAUCGGUCAAGAGAUUGCUCUAGAUAUUUUUAAGCCGGAUCCAAAUUUUCUGGAGAAUGAGAGUCGCUAUGAGGAGUUAAAGAAAAGUAUACUUGGGGAUGAGUCUUCAGACGAUGAAGAUGGCUCUGAUGCAGGCACAGAUGAUGAGGAUGAUGAGGAAUCUGAAGAAGAGCAAGAUGAGGAAAUGGAGAUAAAUGAUGAAACAGAGACGAAUCUUGUGAAUCUGCGGAGGACAAUUUAUCUGACAAUCAUGUCGAGUGUCGAUUUCGAGGAGGCUGGUCAUAAGUUGUUAAAAAUCAAACUAGAUCCAGGUCAGGAGAUGGAGUUGUGCAUCAUGUUGUUGGAAUGCUGCAGCCAAGAGAGAACAUAUCUUCGAUAUUAUGGCCUCUUGGGACAGCGAUUUUGUAUGAUCAACAAAAUUCACCAGGAAAAUUUUGAGAAAUGCUUUGUCCAGCAAUAUUCAAUGAUUCACAGGCUUGAAACUAAUAAAUUGCGUAAUGUGGCCAAGUUUUUUGCUCAUCUACUUGGAACAGAUGCUUUACCUUGGCAUGUUUUAGCCUAUAUACGUGUGACCGAGGAGGAUACAACUUCCUCUUCACGUAUCUUCAUUAAAAUUCUCUUCCAGGAAUUGUCAGAACAUCUUGGCAUUCGCUUGCUAAAUGAACGUCUUACAAAUCCUACCAUGCAAGAAUCUUUUGAUUCUAUUUUCCCAAAGGAUAACCCGAAGAACACAAGGUUUUCAAUCAACUUUUUUACAUCCAUUGGUCUGGGUGGACUAACAGAAAAUCUACGCGAGUACUUGAAGAACAUGCCUAGACUAAUUAUGCAACAACAGAAGGCAGUUUCAGAAUCAGAAGCAGACUCCGGAUCAGAAUUAGAUUCUGGGAAUUCAAGUUCCUCCGAGUCUGGGGACUCUAGUUCUGAAUCUGAAUCUGAGGCAUCUAGUUCUGAAGACUCCAAAAGUAAGAGGGACAACAGGCGUCACAAACGUCGGAGGAGAGAUUGAGGUCAUCUUUUUGUAACUUACGUAGUGGGCUGUACCAUAUGUUCUUUUUACAAUGUAGAUUGCGCAGUUCUUGUUUUCAGUCUUUUGAUGCACUGUUUUGAAUGCCUUCAAAAUAUUUCUUAUAAUGACUGAUCACCUGCUGUUUCCUGAUGGCAUUU